AUCAAAUUUCCUGGAUCUAGGUGAAAGAACGCCAGCUGACUGCGGAAGCUGAAGCUGCCGUCAAACCAGUCGAGGAGGACUAAGCGAUCGCCGGGGAUGUCGAAGGCGCCGCCGCGGGAAGACCCGUCGCCGACAGGCGUCGCGGUGUCUCCGGAGGUCGAGGCCGCGCUCGCGAGCGGCGGGGCGGUCGUCGCCCUCGAGUCCACCAUCAUCUGCCACGGCAUGCCCUACCCGAAGAACCUCCAGACGGCCAUGGAGGUGGAGGCCAUCGUUCGGGAGAACGGCGCUGUUCCUGCCACCAUAGCCAUUUUGGAUGGUGUGCCACAUGUUGGGCUUAACAGUGAGCAGCUGAAGAACUUGGCUAUAAGCGGAAGUCAGUUUCAGAAGACAGCUAGAAGAGAUAUCGCGCAAGUUGUUGCGUCAGGCGGCAAUGGUGCUACGACAGUCUCUGCCACCAUGUUUUUUGCUCAUAAGAUUGGCAUACCAAUCUUUGUGACUGGGGGAAUUGGAGGCGUACACAGAUACGGUGAAAAAACCAUGGACAUCUCAUCUGACUUAACUGAACUUGGAAAGACUCCUGUGGCUGUUAUUUCAGCUGGUGUGAAGUCCAUUUUGGAUAUCGCACGGACGCUCGAGUACUUGGAAACUCAAGGGGUAACUGUUGCUGCUUACAGAACCAACGAAUUUCCAGCUUUCUUCACAGAAACCAGUGGAUGUAAGGUGCCAUGUCGCGUUGAUUCUCCAGAAGAGUGUGCGAAGAUAAUAUAUGCAAACCAGAAUAUGCAUCUAGGAUCUGGAAUUCUUAUUGCAGUGCCAGUUCCCAAGCAACAUGCAGCCUCAGGAAAGGUUAUAGAGUCUGCAAUACAGCAAUCCCUCAAGGAAGCAGAUGAUAAAAAGAUAAUAGGAAAUGCAAUCACCCCCUUCAUCCUUGACAGAGUGAAAGUACUAACUGGAGGAUCUUCAUUGGAAGCCAACAUUGCACUUGUGAAGAACAAUGCUCUCACUGGUGCUAAAAUUGCUGUAGCCCUUUCAGAUCUUCGCAAGAGAGUAACAAACAGGUUUGGAAAAGUGCCAGCAAGCGGCUUCGUUCCUAUUUUCUAAGCCUUGGGCCUGUGAGGUCUGCGCUAUAAAACUCCUGCUGAAGGAGCUUGUGAGGUUGAUGAUGCCAACAGUUGACCGGAACUGGAGUGUCACCUCUGAAGCCGCCAAAGACACCCAUUCCUUGCACAUCAUGUAUCAUCUGGCUUGCGCAUUCGGUUCUUGCUUUUUUUGUAUCUUGUUGGGAGAAUGUAUCAGCAGUAACAUCUGAAUAAAUAAGUUUUUAGCGGACGUGUCGUUCUGGCACUAUGAAAUUAUUACCGCCUUUGUUGCA